GGCGCCGGAGGUGUCGCGAGAGUUAGCCUCUCUCACCUCCUAGCGAGCGCGGUAGCUAUGGAGGGCCCGGGCACCCAGGCUGAGCAGGAGCCGCUCUUAGGCGACCGCACACCCGGAAGCAGAGAUUGGGAAAUUAUAGAAACUGAGGAGCAUUAUAAGAGCCGAUGGAGAUCUAUUAGGAUUCUGUAUCUUACUAUGUUUCUCAGCAGUGUAGGAUUUUCUAUUGUGAUAAUGUCAAUAUGGCCCUAUCUCCAAAAGAUUGACCACACCGCUGAUACAAGGUUUUUGGGCUGGGUUAUUGCUUCAUUUAGUCUUGGCCAAAUGGUAGCUUCACCUAUGUUUGGUUGGUGGUCUAAUUAUAGACCAAGAAAGGAACCUCUCAUUAUCUCCCUCUUCAUUUCGGUGGCAGCCAACUGCCUCUAUGCGUAUGUGCACGUCCCAGCUUCUCAUAAUAAAUACUACAUGUUGGUGGCUCGUGGAUUGGUGGGAUUUGGAGCAGGGAAUGUGGCAGUUAUUAGAGCAUACAUUGCCGGUGCUACUUGCCUCCACGAAAGAACAAGUGCCAUGGCAAAUACAAGUGCAUUUCAAGCAUUAGGUUUUAUUCUAGGUCCAGUUUUUCAGACCUGUUUUGCAAUCCUUGGAGAAAAGGGCGUGACAUGGGAGACUAUACAGCUUCAGAUAAACAUGUAUACAGCACCAGCUUUACUUGGCGCCUUUCUUGGAUUUUUAAAUAUUAUUCUGAUCAUUGUUAUAUUAAGAGAGCAUCGUGUGGAUGACACAGGACGACAGUGUACAAGUAUUAAUAAUGAAGAAGUAAGAAGAGAUGAUAUUCAGAUUCCCCAGAUAAAUAUUGAUCAAGUGGCUGUAGUGACUACCAAUGUUCUGUUUUUUGUGAUCCUAUUUAUCUUUGCCCUUUUUGAAACCAUCCUAACUCCAUUAACAAUGGAUAUGUAUGCCUGGACUGCAGUACAAGCUGUAUUGUAUGAUGGAAUAAUACUUGCUGCUCUUGGAAUUGAGGCUGUUCUUGUUUUCAUAGGGAUUAAAUCACUUGCCAAAUUGAUUGGUGAGCGUCCUGUUCUGCUGGGAGGAUUUGUCAUCACAUGGAUUGGCUUCUUUAUCUUGUUACCUUGGGGAAAUCAGUUUCCCAAGAUACAGUGGCAAGAUUUACAUAAUCAUACAAUUCCUAAUACCACAUUUGGAGAAAUUAUUAUUACUCUUUGGCAGUCUCCAAGAGAUCUGAGAGAAGGACCAACUGGUUGCCCAAUUAUACAAGCCUGGUGCCUUUAUACCCCCAUGAUCCAUCUAUCUCAGUUCAUCACAUCAGUUGUGUUAAUUGGAAUAGGCUAUCCAUGCAGCAAUGUUAUGGCAUAUACAAUUUAUUCAAAAAUUUUGGGACCAAAACCUCAGGGUGUGUACAUGGGCUGGUUAACAGCUUCUGGAAGUGCAGCACGGAUUCUUGGACCUGUGUACAUCAGCCAAGUGUACACUUCCUGGGGCCCACGGUGGGCAUUCGGCCUUGUGUGUGGAAUAGUUCUGCUCAGCAUCACACUCCUGGGAGUGGUUUACAAAAGACUCAUUGCUUUUUCUAUAAGGAAUGGAACGAUUCAAGAGUAACGUAGCUAACACUGGGAUGCACAGUACUUGCUGUGUGGACUUCCGUUACUAAGGCUCUGCCAGACAGUUGCUAUGAGUCAGUUUCCAAAAGUGACUCUUGAAAAGCAAGAGAAUAUAUUGAAUAACAUGGAAUUCUAUGAGUAACUGUGAAUAUUAAGAUGUUUUGUUCCCCAAAAUGCAGAGGUAUUACUUAAAAUAGUAAGAGAAUAUCUAUGCAGUGAAACCACAGUUAAGUUCUGGAAGAAUCCCGUAUAACAGAAUGAAAUUAUAGCAAUGGUUUACCUAAAUAGUAGGUAUCUUGACCAAAUUAUAGAUACCUACUUUUAUUUAUUUAAAAUUUUUUCUAUUACUAUAGAAAGUUCCCUUAUGAAAUAAAUGACUCUUAAAUUA